AUGAGGGUUACCAUUCCUCUGCCUGAGAAGACGUGGGCCAGCACGACGCAGCUCCGAUGGGUUCAGGAGGUCAGAGGUCAGGGCAGCAAGGUCACGCCCUGGUCCCUGGACGACGUGUAUGUGGGCGAGGCCUGCCCUGACCACUGCAGCGGCCACGGGGACUGCGUCGACGGCGUCUGCACCUGUGAUGCGGGAUACGAAGGUGGGUGCUUGAGGUGGUUUUCAGUGGUGGUCUUGGUGGUCACUGGGUUAGAGGUGGGUUUUCAGUGGGUUUUUGUCUUUAGUGGAUCAUUGAUGGGCCUGUGGGUCAGAAGUGGGCCAUUGGUGGGUCUUCGCCUCGUGGACGGGUUCGAGGGCGGCGUGGGCGCGAACUGGCAGGUGGUGAGCGGGGGCGGCGUGGGUCUCGGCUGCAACUCGCUCGCUCCUUACGGACACGGGAAGCACCUCUACUUCUCGGGCUGCGGGACGAGGCAGGCGGUCACGGCCGAGAUGGACACCAGGAGGGCCAGCCACGACCACUCCCCGUCGUGUCGCGUGGACCUCAGCGACCCUCAGCGCAGCCUGGACAAGGGCGUGGUCCUGCAGUACACGUCGGACAACGGGAUCACGUGGACGACGCUGAACGUGCACGACCCGCUCGACUUCAGAAAGGUGGGCUUCGCCCCCGCCCGCGUGGCCUACAGCCUCCCCCCGGACGCCCGCAGCUACGGCGUGCAGCUCCGGUGGUGGCAGCCGGACCACGACGGCGCCAGCACUGACCAGUGGGCCGUCGACAACGUGGAGAUCGUGCUGGCACAGCGUAAAGAUACUAGCAAGUACAACAGCAAAGGUUUCCACGACAGUCUCUGA